CUGGUGGAAGCAGAGGGAAGCAAAUUAACCAAAAUUAGAGCAGAGAUACAUAGAAAGAUGGGUAGGUCUCCUUGUUGUGAUGAGAAUGGCCUAAAGAAAGGACCUUGGACUACUGAAGAAGAUCAAAAACUCGUUGAUUACAUCCAGAAAAAUGGCCAUGGAAGUUGGCGAGCUCUUCCUAAGCUUGCAGGUCUUAAUAGAUGUGGCAAGAGCUGUAGGUUGAGGUGGACGAAUUACUUGAGGCCUGACAUCAAGAGAGGGAAAUUUUCUCAAGAAGAAGAGCAAACAAUUCUAAAUCUCCAUUCCAUCCUUGGAAACAAAUGGUCAGCUAUUGCCAGUCACCUUCCCGGUCGGACCGAUAAUGAGAUCAAGAAUUUUUGGAACACCCAUUUGAAGAAGAAGCUAAUUCAAAUGGGUUUUGAUCCAAUGACACACCAACCAAGAACUGACCUAUUUGCAAGUUUGCCUCAUCUUAUGGCCCUCUUAAACCUAAAAGACCUAAUGGAUCAUCAUUCAUUGGAUGAACAUGCCAUCAGAUUACAAGCAGAAGCUAUCCAAUUAGCUAAGCUUCAAUAUUUACAAAAUCUUCUCCAGUCAACAACUUCAAUUAACUCUUUUAGCUCUAAUUACAAGAACCAAAAUGGCAUCACAGAUAUGGAGAUUCUAAAUCUGUUGAAUUCAAUUAAUCCUGCUGCUAAAGAAAAUUUAUCGCAGCAGCAAAUGAUUAAUUCAACCUCAUCAUAUCCCUUUGGAUCACUUGCUUCGUCUCAACCACUCCACUAUUCAAAUCUAUUACCUCAAUUGUCUGACCCACAAGUCCCUUUCAGCUAUCAACCAUCUUUGAAUAGUGAUGAGAUGGGCCUAACUGCAGCAACAAUGGUCAGCCAUGGAGAUCAAAAUAUUAAUAACAGUAACCCAUCUGAUUCUUCUUGGGUUCUUCCUUCUCCUACUCCUGUUCCUCCAAGUGCGGUAACAGAUGACUCGAUAAGCAAUAAUAAUAAUAAUAACAACAAUACAGGUGACGCUAGCAGUACCACUUCCAGUUAUGGGGGAGGAACUACUUCUUCUUCUCCUUAUUGGCCUGAAUUCUUCUUUGAAGAUUCUAUCAUCCAUGAGAUUUCCUAGUUAUUAAUACUUAUUAGAGGUUUGGAUUUGCUCUUCCUUGUGCUUAAUUAUGAAUGCUUUUUGUAUAAAUAUAUAUUUUGUAUAAAUAUAGAAUUUAUUUCUCUCAUAUUUAUAUAACACACGUACAUGUGCACAUUUAUGCUUAUAUAUACAUAAUGUAUCAUUAUGGAACUAGCUUGAAAUUUUGUUCCAUUCAAUACAAGGAGUGUUCUGUUAAA